UCCCCUUUAAUGGUGUUCUUAAGACCACAUUUAUUAGCAUAAGAAAGUGGCGAGAAAGAAAGCAGGAAAAGAAGAAUCACUAAGAGUUGAAUAACUUUUCGGCACAAGAAAGCUAUAAAACUAGCCAACUCAAUGUAAACUAACUUUAGUACGCAUUCUAAGUUCUACACGCAAGCGGUGCACAACCGCUUUCGAAAUCGAAAAUGUUCACCAAAUUACUGUUCUUCCACGCUUUGGUUGCUUUGGCCGUCGCUGAUGUCAGCCAUUUGUCCCGCGCUUACUUGCCGCCACACCCUGCGCCAACACAGCACAUUGUACAAAACCAUGAAAGCGCAAAACCGCAACAACCACAAGUGCAACACGAUGAAGCUUCACCAGUUCAAUUGGAUGUUAUCCUACUUGACGAGUCGGCGCAUGACAACUCACAUGCUUUAAGAGAUGUUGAGCAAUCGCUAGAAAACGAGCCCGUUGCAACAACACAACAAAGCGCCACAAAAGAUAAUGCCUCUAGUGAAUCCUCUAGCGAUCCCUUCUUUCAACCUGGUUUUGGUGGUUUUCCUGGCGCUGGUUUUCCACCAGGCUAUGGUGGACCAACAUACCCUGGACAAGGAUUCCCAGGACAGGGCUUCCCUGGACAAGGUUUCCCUGGGCAAGGCUUUCCAGGCCAAGGUUUUCCCGGACAAGGCUUUCCCGGUGCAGGCUUCCCUGGACAAGGAUUUCCAGGUCAGGGCAUUCCGGGAGCAGGCUUCCCUGGGCAAGGUUUUCCUGGGCAAGGUUUCCCGGGACAAGGUUUCCCUGGACAAGGCUUUCCCGGUCAAGGUUUCCCAGGACAAGGCUUUCCGGGUGCUGGCUUUCCUGGACAGGGCUUCCCUGGUCAAGGCUUCCCAGGACAAGGUUUUCCCGGUCAAGGUUUUCCAGGCGCUGGAUUCCCCGGACAAGGCUUUCCAGGAGCUGGGUUCCCCGGUCAAGGUUUUCCAGGUUUACCGUAUCAAACAGCAUCACAACAACAAUCCACCGGCGGUUUCAACACACCACAGCCCGUAGCCGGCCUUAACAAUCGCGCGCAAAUACGUCGCAUAGCCAGCGAUACAGUUUAUGGCGCAAACGGUGGUUAUGUCUAUGACAAACCCAAAUAAUUUUUUUACUUAUUAUUGUUUUGGAAAUUCCAUGUCUUUAGUUCAAUAUAAUUUUUAUUUGAUUUUA